CUGGGUGAGGCUGCUGGUUCUGUUUCUUUGCAAAGUGGUGGUGUUACUAAGUAAUUAUUGGUCGUGAGUCAAUCAUUUUGGCUUGCUUAACUUGCCUAAAGCUCCUUAACCAUGUCAUGCGUCUGACUUGGUCUUACCGUGUAACCAUUCUACCAGGUCUCCUGGAAGCAAAAGAGGAUAUCCGUAAGCUGCUGUAUGAAUAUUUGGUCUUGGAUCGACAGGAAAACCUCAGGAACUAAAAAUGCCGAAGCCGGUCAAUGUUCGAGUUACCACAAUGGAUGCAGAACUAGAGUUUGCCAUCCAGCCUAAUACUACAGGGAAACAGCUGUUUGACCAGGUGGUGAAAACCAUAGGCUUGCGCGAAGUAUGGUACUUUGGUCUUCAAUGUACAGAUAAUAAAGGUUUCCCAACCUGGCUGAAACUUGAGAAAAAGGUCUCUGCUCAAGAAAUCAGGAAAGAGAACCCUCUCCAGUUCAAAUUCCGGGCCAAGUUUUUUCCUGAGGAUGUGUUUGAAGAGUUGAUCCAGGACAUCACCCAGAAGCUGUUCUUCUUGCAAGUGAAAGAAGGAAUCCUUAGUGACGAAAUCUAUUGCCCACCUGAAACUGCUGUCCUUCUUGGAUCUUACGCUGUGCAAGCCAAAUUUGGAGAUUAUAAUAAAGAACUGCACAAGGCUGGGUAUCUCAGUUCUGAACGCCUGGUCCCCCAGCGAGUAAUGAAUCAACAUAAGCUAUCCAGAGAACAGUGGGAAGAACGAAUUCAAGUAUGGCAUGCUGAACAUGGUGGAAUGCUUAAAGAAAAUGCCAUGCUGGAAUAUUUGAAGAUUGCUCAGGAUCUUGAAAUGUAUGGAAUCAACUAUUUUGAAAUAAAAAAUAAGAAAGGAACAGACCUUUGGUUGGGAGUAGAUGCACUUGGGCUCAACAUUUAUGAAAAGGAAGACAAAUUAACCCCUAAAAUUGGCUUCCCUUGGAGCGAAAUUCGAAACAUAUCUUUCAAUGAUAAGAAGUUUGUUAUAAAACCGAUUGACAAGAAAUCACCGGACUUUAUAUUUUAUGCUCCUCGCCUAAGAAUCAACAAGAGAAUCCUGCAGCUAUGCAUGGGAAAUCAUGAGCUGUAUAUGCGCCGUAGGAAACCAGAUACCAUUGAGGUCCAGCAAAUGAAAGCUCAGGCCCGUGAAGAGAAGAACCAGAAAGAGCUAGAAAGAAAGAUGUUGGAAAAAGAGAAGAAGAAGAGAGAGACAAUUGAGAAGGAAAAAGAGCAGAUGAUGCGAGAGAAAGAAGAGCUGAUGAUCAGGCUGCAGGAGUAUGAAGUGAAGACUCAAAAAGCAGAAAAAGAGCUCUCAGACCAGAUCGAAAAAGCCAGGCAGCUGGAGGAUGAAAGAACAAGGGCCCAGGAAGAAGCAGAGCGUCUGGAGAAUGAGCGUUUGAUGGCUCUGCAAGCUAAGGAAGAGCUGGAGAAGCAGGCUGUUGACCAAAUGAAGAGUCAGGAGCAGCUGGCUACAGAACUCGCAGAAUAUACAGCCAAGAUUUCUCUUCUGGAAGAGGCAAGGAAACAUAAAGAGACUGAGGUUGAAGAAUGGCAGCACAGGGCUAAAGAAGCCCAAGAUGAUCUGGUGAAAACAAAGGAAGAAUUACACCUGGUAAUGACUGCUCCACCUCCUCCACCUCCACCUGCAUAUGAACCAGUGAACUAUCAUGUCCAUGAUCCUCUUCAGGAUGAAGGAAUUGAGUCCUCUGGCUACAGUGCAGAAUUCUCAAGCGAAGGCAUACUGAACGAUCGUAAUGAAGAAAAGCGAAUUACUGAAACCGAAAAGAAUGAGCGUGUCCAAAGACAACUCAAGACGCUGACUGAUGAACUAGCUCAGGCCAGAGAUGAUGAGAAGAAGACUCAGAAUGACCUCAUCCACACAGAGAAUAUGCGACAAGGCCGAGACAAGUACAAGACACUGAGACAGAUACGACAAGGGAACACCAAGCAGAGAAUUGAUGAAUUUGAAUCUAUGUAAAUAUAGUUUCAAUGAAGACUCUGGGAAAUGCAGAUUUUAAAUGUUGACAUUUCUUCUUGAAAGGUCACUUGCAAAGUCAUACCAGUAAAUAAAUGAAUAAACUCCCACACUGUCAGGUGUCAGCUGAAUUUAAUAAAAGCAGCCACCAGGAUUUAAGUAUAACGAGGAGAACAGUCAGAGAUGUAGUACAAUCAUAUUAAUAUUGUGUCAAAAAAAAUAUUGUCAAAGGAUGUCUCACAGUCACUUUUUUCCUACACGUUAAGAGUUCUGCAGCUUUAAUAGAAGGCUUUUUACUACCACAAGUAUAUCCAGAUUUGUUUGGGUGUAGGGAAAUGUUGUGCCACGUUUCUUGUUCUUAAACACCCACCGUAUUUGAAGUUUAUAAUGUUCUUAAGUCUUAAGUCAGUCCUCAUCUCUUGUUAUUCCUAUAAAAAAAGUCACAAAAGGACUCUAAAAAACGUUCGCCUUGAAUCGGAGAGGUUCCCGAUGAUCACUCAGAGGGAGUACAUGACAGGCACACUUAGAUGCCUUUCUUAUAUCAGAAAUAGAGGGAAAUUGUUGAUGUUCAAUAUUAUUCAAGUGUUGAACUGCAGCUUAACCAGUCAGCUGUAGUAUCAUAUUUAUAUAUAAUAUAUAUGUGUUAAAAAUAUAAGUAACAUAUAAUUCUAGUUUGAAAAGGGUUUUUUGCUUUGUAUAUUUUGUUAUUAUUUCUUGACUUGUUAAACAAAUGAUAUUUUGAAAAAAAAAAUCUAAACUCUUGGGUGAGGCAUGAUCUAGAAAACAUUUGUAAAGAUGAUUUUUUACUUGAAAGAAAAUUGUAAUGCAUGCCUGUAAUUCAAUAUAAAUAAUUUCACUAAUCCUAUUUUUUCUAACAAAUUUUCUAAUUUUUAAAAAAUGGUACCGUUUCAGACUCCAGCCAUGAAGGGACUUUAUCAGCUUUUUAAAAUGUCUCUGUUGAAGAGAGUUGCUAUAGAUUUGCCUCACUACCCCCUUGUUAACCUCCAUUUGACCACCACCACCUCCUAGCCCCCCCCCCCCCCGAUCCCAAUUUUAGGCUUCUGAAAUCAUCAGUGUCAGAGUACAGAAUGUUGCUAGUCCUGCUCUACAUACAGUUUUCUAUGCUGCUUUGUAUUUUGAAGUUCAUACCUCUGGAAUCCUGAUAUAGUGUGGUGGGAUUAUUUGUUGAAUGCAAUCGACCCAUAAAUAAAAUUCUGCAAGGCAACA